AUGUUAUCCUUUAAGCUUAUACAAUGGCUGUAUAGAGAGUUCGGCCUUGACUCCGUCUACCAGACGGGGCCCGAUACCUGGUUCGUGAUGCUGGCGAGAACAUGCCGGAUGUUUGCAUUUGGGGCUAUCUCUCUGAUCCUUGCCCUAUUUAUGUCGUCUCUACAUUUCUCGGACCUUUGGAUUGGCUUCUUUAUGACGAUGACGUUGGUCGGGGACGUUAUCCUCUCUCUUCUUGCAGCCCUGGUGGCUGACCGUGUUGGGCGUCGGCGGAUCCUCUUGCUUGGGGGUGCUUUAAUGGCACUGUCCGGCACAGUGUUCGUGUUCUUCGAGAAUUACUGGAUCCUGCUUAUGGGUGCUGUGGUUGGUGUCAUCAGUGCUACUGGCGGUGAUUUUGGCCCUUUUCGCUCUGUUGAAGAGUCUACGAUAUCCCAUCUCACGACGCCAGCUACGCGAACUGAUGUGCUGUCCUGGUAUGUUACGACUUCAACGCUGGGUUCUGCCUUGGGGAACGAAGCUGCCGGUCAUAUAGCCAGUUUUUUGAAAAGACUUCAAGGCUCAAAGCGGGAUAUCACGAAUGUGUAUCAUGCUAUGUUUUGGAUAUAUGUUGCAAUGGGUGUACUCUCCAUGAUACUUGCAUGUCUGAUGAGUAGGAAGUGCGAAUCUACCGAAGUGCAAGUGAAACCAGAUACCGAAAGGCCUCGGGAGACUGAACCGCUACUUAAUCCUGGAACAGCAGGAGAGGAUACCCAUGAGCAAAACGACAGUGACCCUAUUCAAACACCUUCCGCGAACCUCCAGCAACCAUCAAGACCACAAUCUUGGUUGGGUAGGCUAUGGCUCAAAAGCAAGAUUGCGGAGAUAUCACAGGAGUCUCUCUCUGUGGUUAUCAAACUCUGGAUACUUCUCACAAUUGACUCGCUGGCUGAUGGAAUGGUGUCCUAUGCACUCACAAACUACUAUCUCGUGCGUAAAUUCAACCUCACUGAGUCGUAUCUAGGAGACAUUAUGUCAAUCUGUUUCCUGCUCAUGGUCAUAUCUACCGCCUUUGCUGGACCUCUUGCGCGACGUCUAGGGCUUAUUAAUACCAUGGUCUUCACCCAUCUUCCGUCUUCUCUCGCCGUUCUGCUACUCCCGGUACCCCAGAACGUGGGCCUGACCAUUGCUUUAUUAUUCAUACGCACUGGGCUGAAUAGUAUGGAUCAGGGACCAAGAGCCGCGUUCAUUGCGGCCGUGGUAAAGUCAGGAGAACGCACAGCGGUUAUGGGUAUCACGGCUAUGCUUAGGACGUUGGGCUCUACUAUAGGACCUAGUCUUACUGGCUUUCUCGCUGACACGGACAAGUUCUGGAUAGCAUUUGUUGUUGCCGGGGCCUUACGCGUUGCCUACGAUUUGGGGCUCUUCUACUUAUUUGUUGAUCUGAAAAUCAAUGCUCCUGAGCAGGCAAAGGACCCAGCGACAAAUGAUCAAAUAUGA